CUGCCCAGCCCGGGGGGGUCCCACCCCUGGGUUUGGGGAUAAACCCCGGGAGAACGGGGGGAGAAGAUGGCGCUGGGGCUGCUCGGGGACCUCCUCUUCCUCCUCUUCCUGCUCCUCGUCCCUCGAGCCCUGGCCCAGUGCGGUGCCCACCGUGGGGUCUGUCAGGGGGUCCCUCAGCCCCAAUCCUGUCCCCUCAGCCCCAAUCCUGUCCCCCAGCCCUGGCCCAGUGCGGUGCCCACCGUGGGGUCUGUCAGGGGGUCCCUCAGCCCCAGUCCUGUCCCCCAGCCCUGGCCCAGUGCGGUGCCCACCGUGCCGCCGUGGUGGGGGCCGUGGGGGGGUCCGUGUGCCUCAGCCCCAGCCCCGAGCACGGCCACAGGAGCUACUCCCGCGUCCACUGGAGGCUCAACGAGAGCAGGAAGCUGGCCAGCUGGGACCCCCAGGAGCGGGUCCAGUACCCGGGCACGGCCCACAGGGACCGCCUGGAGCUCCUGGGCAACUUCUCGCUGAGGAUCAGCCGCCUGCAGAAGGGAGACAGCGGCGAGUACCAGCUGUACCUGGAGGAUGCCACGGGCAGGGAGGACAAGGACAGCGUCACCCUGAGGGUGUACGAUGUGGUCCCGAAGCCCCGGGUGAGGGUCACGGUGACCCAGGACGACCUCCAGCAGUGCAACGCCACCCUCGAGUGCUCCGUGGGGCUCCCCGAGGUGACCUACGAGUGGAUCCCCCCCCGGCAGGUCCUGCUGGAGGGCGUGGGGGGCCCCGUCCAGAAGGUCUCCUUCAACCCCUCGGAAGGGACCUACGUGUGCAGGGUCAGCAAUCCCGCCUCCUCCAACAGCGCCUCGCUGACCUACAGGCACCCCUGCUCCUGGGCAGGGGAAUCCUCCACUGCCUCCUCCUGCACGGCCACGGGCGGGCUGCUGCUCCUGGGGCACCUCCUGCUCCUCUUCCUCCACCUCGCUCUGGCUUGAGGACCCUGCAGUUCACCUCUGUCCUCACCCCCCCAGCGUCGGGAUGAGGGUCCCGGAUCUCCCGGGGGCAGAGAGGUGUGGUGCUGGCUCAAGGGAACGAUUCCAGUCCCUCAGGCACUGGGAAAUCCUCCUCUCCCUCACCCCGAGGCCGGUGGGGCCGCCCAGCCCGAGCCUUUCCUGGGGAUUUUGGGCAUCCUGCGUUUUUCCAGGACCAUCUCAAGGGGGGCAGAGCCGGGGUGGUGGCACCUCUGGCUUUCCCUCUGCGCGUCCUCCCUGCUUUGAGGACCUUCACAAACACCUGUUUACACAUUAAAUUCUUACCUGAACACA